AUGGCACCAUCCAAAGUUUUUGGCAAUCCCAUCACCAAUGAAACAUUGAAGGCAAUGCCCGAGUAUGCAAACAAGGACACAAUAACCGGCGAAGAUAGGGCACAAGUUGCUCUCAAUUUGAGAGACAACGUUGUCAAGUUUGCAGAGGAAUUAUUGGAGCAGAGAUUUGGUCCUGGAGAUGUGAAAACAAUUGGCAUCAUUUACAAUGCUACCGGACACACCUUGAAAUAUACUUUCAAUCACGAUUGGUGCGGGCACGUUGAUAAAUCCUACCCUAAAGAAAUUGAAAAUGGCCAGUUUGCUACUUUUUUGCAUGUUGGAGAUCACCCAAAAGGCUCUGCUCUAUGUACAUCACCUAAGGAAUCAAUUGGUGCCGUUGCUUAUUUUGCAAAUAAUGGGCUGCGUGGAGGUUUUUGUAAUUGGAUUUUUGCAUGGCACAAUGUUGAGAACAAGGAGUAUAAGAUCUUUACCGAGUUACAAGCACCUCAAGUGGUUGAACAAAACUGGGAAGCUAUCCGGGAAAAACUGGAAAGUUCUGCAUGCAAGGAGCAAAGUGCUUAUGCCUAUGGAUUCAAAGCAACUGUGACAAUUGGCAAUGCCAAUCCUCCUCCAGUCAUUGCAACAAUUACUUUCGGUGGACUGCCUCCCCCAAAUGCAUGA